GCGCUCUUACAUUACUUUUGCAGCGCCGCGAGUUUUGAGAGCGUGGACGUGCAUAGUGCCGUCACUGUUUCUGUAUACAGCAACCAACCAGGGACGACAGAGGAAGUUGGUGAAUUCACCUGUUGAGCGAAAGCAUCAGCGGAAGACUUUAUACUACUGUACUGAUUCACCGUGACUAAUAUUCCCCUUCAUGGACAAAUUAAAGAGAGUUCUCAGUGGCCAGGACAGUAACGACGACACCAACGUAUUGUCGGAGGCAGUAUCCGAUGCAACAUCCUUAGGAUGGGGCACAAGGGUGAAAGGGUUCAUUGCCUGCUUCGCAAUAGGUGUGCUGUGUUCAAUACUGGGAGUCUGUUUACUGUGGGUGCCUAGAAACGGAUUAGUACUAUUUGCUGUCUUUUACACGCUUGGAAAUAUUUCAGCCAUUGGAAGCACCUUGUUUCUAAUGGGACCCUUAAAGCAGAUGAAGAAAAUGGUUGAGCCGACUCGAGCCAUAGCAACCGCUGUAAUGUUGGUGUCUCUGAUCUUAACACUGUGCUCUGCAUUUUGGUGGAAGAACAAGGGGCUUGCUGUGCUGUUUUGCAUCAUGCAGUUUUUUGCAUUUGCAUGGUAUAGUUUAUCCUUUAUACCAUUUGCGAGAGAUGCUGUGAAGAGUUGCUUCUCAGUCUGCUUGUCUUAAAGAUGCCUGGUUCUGCUCUGUAUAUGUGUAUGUGUGACCACAUCAUAUAUAUAUAUAUAUAUAUAUAUAUAUAUAUAUAUAUAUAUAUAUAUAUAUAAAGGUGGUAUGUAGGAGGGGAGAAUGUGGUGUCCAAAGCUCUAAUCCUAAACUCUAUACUAACACAGGUGGGGUAAUUUGCUUUUAUACUGUAAAAAAUCUUAGUUUAAACAGCGUUCUACCCCACAGGCUCCUUCACGUGUGGGGCAAGUUAUGUUUAACAGCCUAUACUGUAUCUCACAGUGUCUUAAUAAUGUGUGCCUACUGUUUCAGCAAUAACUUUGCAUAAAUACAUCAAUAUUGUAACUAGUUAAACAGCUUCUGUGUCUUGUAUGAAGACAAACAAUAAUAAUACAAGGGCAUACCCAAGACCGUGCCUGGUUAAGAGAUAUGCAGUGUUGAUUUCAGUUUCCUGUAGAAAAAGAAUAAUGGAAGUUACUGCCAAUUGUAUUGAAAGUGUCCUUAUAUAGUAGAUACUGAUUUUUAUUCCAGCAUUUGGAGAAUGUAAAUAUAGUGAUCCUACUAACACAUAAAGAGAAUAUUUAUUUCCAAUAUUGGUAAUUUGUUCCUAAUGGAAAAACAGAUUAAGGCAUUAAGAAUGUAAAUUAAUAUUUUAUGAUGUAGUCAACUUUACAAUAUCCAUUGUGUAAAGCACUAGAUUUAUUGAGCUAUUGCUCCAGUGAAGUUUACACCACUUUAAAAUUACAAAUUAAAAAAGAACAGGUGCGUUUGAAGUGCCUGGCGCUUUAGGAAGCAACCUUUUAUAGACCAUGUUCUCCCACAUCACCCCUUUCCUCCAUUAACUUCAAUUUGGCCCCAACAUUAUUUCAGACUGAUUUAUCCUUCUGUUAGCUACACUGUCAAUUUUGGCUAACAUGAAAUAUGCACAGAAGUGCAGUUAAAAUCUAUAGUAUAAAGUAUUUUGACAGUGUAUGAAUUAUAACAAAUCUGAAAUAAGAAAAAAAUGUAUAUAUAUAUAUAUAUAUAUAUAUAUAUAUAUAUAUAUAUAUAUAUAUAUAAACUUAGUGAAACAGUUAAGAGUUAAAUUCCAAUAAAAUGGAGAACAAACAGGAUCAAUGCUGGUACAACAGAGAGAAGUUAACAUAAUUACAAGAAGUUACAAAGUACAUUCAAUUCUAUCUUAAACCUAGGUAUUUGGCAGUGUGUUGGCAAGGAAUAUACCACUUAGCUGACGUGGUCUUUUAUUUAAUUUAUCGUAAUACUAAUUGCCUUAACAAUUCAUUUUAUGUCAUACACUGUAAAAGUUUAUUUUGGGGAGAAAUGAAAAGGAAACAUGUUAUUAUGGAUCAAAAUAAGGGUCUUGUGCUUGAGCGGCUGUUUGAUUCAUUGUUUAUCCUUUUGUUUUAAGCUGAAGUAUUUUAAAGGGAGUUACACUGUAAUACAAAGUUCUGUACUUGAAUCUAUUCUGCUACUUUACACUGUUUGAAUGCUAACUUUUGUAAUGCAUUUUAUGUUGAUAUAUCUGUUUAGCUUUUAAAUAUGACUAUUGUUCAGGUAUCUCAAUUGGCCAGCUAUUUGCUGUUAAUUUAUAAUAGGCAUUAUUGUCCGGUUGGUGAUAUUUUUAAUUUGCAUCAUUCUUUCAACAUAGAUAUGUAACUAGUUGCAUAAGACUAUUAUCUCUUAUUUCUUUACACGCUGUUUUUUCUUUGCUUCAUUGUUUUAUUAUCAUAUUAUAGUGGUUUUAAUUUGGUGAUCUCUGACUGAAGCUUGUUCAAUCAGCAGCCAAGGUUUCAUAGGCCAAACAGGUCCAGUUCAUUCUUUCUUCAUUACAGUGACACAAAAUGCAAAUAGGCCAUUUUGCUUAUCCCUUUCAAUUUAUCUCAUUGGAUUGACAUCCACUGCUUAUUAAAUAACUACUGGGUGUUCAAGUCACUUAAACUUUGCCUGGUAGAUAAUUCCA